GCCAUGAGGGCUCUGGUGAGCGUGGUGUCCCUGUUCUUCCUGGGCAUCCAGGCCAGUGAGUGGAGCUACAGAGGGGAUGACGGCGGCGUGGCAGAAGAUCAGUGGCCUGAGAAGUUCCCUUCCUGCAGCGGGGAAAGGCAGUCACCCAUCGAUGUGAAGAGGAGGAGGGUGUGGUUCAAUGGGUCCUUGAAACCCCUGCACAUGGUCAACUAUGAUGUGGAGGAGCCAGAGCUCUCUAUGACUAACAACGGACACACAGUACAGAUCACCCUGCCGCACAGCAUGCACAUGAGAGACUCUGAUGGCAACACGUACGUCGCAGAGCAGAUGCACUUUCACUGGGGUGGUAGGGACUCGGAAAUAAGCGGCUCUGAACACACCUUUGAUGGGAUGAGGAAAAUGAUGGAGGUUCACUGUGUUCACUUCAAUCAGAAGUAUGAGACCUAUGAGAAAGCCAAGGACCAAGAAGACGGCUUGGCUGUGUUAGCGGUCUUGGUUGAGGUGGACGAAUACGCCGAAAACACUUACUACAGCAACUUCAUUUCUGAGUUGUCCAAUGUCAAGCAUCCAGGACAAACGACAACCCUGAAAAAUGUUAACAUCCGGAACCUGUUCCCUGAGGACAUCAGACACUAUUACACCUACGACGGCUCGCUCACCACUCCUCCCUGCACAGAGAACGUCAAGUGGUUUGUGCUUCGGGAUCCUGUCACCCUCUCCAAGGUCCAGGCUGUAACCAUAGAAAACUCUGUUAUGAAUCACAACAACGAGAUCAUUCAAAGUGGUUACCGCAAGACGAAGCCCCUCAACAACAGGGUGGUGGAAGCCAAUUUCCCAUACUCCCCGGAGGAAUACCCUAAGUACCACUUGGACACGAAACACAAGCAUGAGAAGGCUCCACACGGUUGGAAACACAAAAACAAAGAGAAUCUACCAUAG